UCCACGGAGGGGAGCGUGUGACCUGCUCGCGUAUGCGUGCCUCGCCUCCCCGAUUUAUUUAGCCUCUCAAGGAUCGGUAAUCUCCCAAAAGCUGCUCUUUCGGCCGCUCAACGCCGCGGACUGGGAGAUUUAGUGGAACAUCCGGUGCCGCGCUCACAAGUCCUCACGAUAGCACGUCCCUCUCGUCUUCUCUUCCUCUCUCAUCGCUCGUAAUGGCAGGCGUCGACCCAUACGCCCAGUCCAAGGGGGCAGUGAACCUUCCCCCUUCGUCCUUCAAGCACAUCGCGUCGCUGCGCCCGGGACGGCUACGCAUCUCUCCCGACUGCCUUGUCAGCGAUGAGGUCGUGUCCGACAAGCUCUAUUCAGGUUUCGUCGAACACCUCGGACGCGGCAUCUAUGGCGGUAUCGUUGCCUUGCCCACCGACCCAAGUCCCGCCGAGCUCCUCCAGCCGCAGCCACAGGAUCGAUUGGGCUGGCGCAAGGAUGUAAUCCGCGUGCUGCGUGACGACUUGGAGAUGCCUGUUCUGCGCUGGCCGGGCGGAAACUUUGUCUCCAACUACCAUUGGCAGGAUGGCAUCGGCCCGCUCAAAGACCGGCCUAAGCGCAUCGAGCUGGCGUGGGGAGCGACUGAGUCGAACUUGUUCGGCACAGACGAGUUCAUCGACUACUGCCGCGAGCUCAAGGUUGAGCCUUACCUCUGUCUCAACAUGGGCACGGGCACGUACGAGGAAGCGCUGGCGUGGCUCGAGUACUGCAAUGGUACCGGGGACACGUACUGGGCGAACCUGCGGCGCAAGAACACAGGGCGUGACGAGCCCCACGCCGUCAAGUGGUGGGGACUAGGAAAUGAAGUACACGGCCCGUGGCAAGUGGGGCACCUCUCGGCAACCGACUACACUACCACCGCCAAACGCUGGGCGCACGGUCUGCGCCUCGUCGAUCCAACCAUCAAGCUCGUCUCGUGCGGCAAUCAGGGCAACUCCGAAUGGGAUCGUGAGGUGCUCAACGGCCUUAUCGGGGUCGUUGACCUGCACAGCAUCCAUCUCUACACGAUGCUCGGUCAUGAGCGAUAUUCGGACUGCGCUGGCUUCGAGUACGAGAAGAACGUCUUCGGCCCUAUGGCAGCGGAGCGAGGCAUAGAAAUCUGCACGAGCUUGAUCGAGCUGGCCAAGAUCGAGCGAUCCGGUCAGGUGCUGGACUGGAAUCAGAGGGACGCGCAGGUAGCUGCGAGGGAUGUCAAGAUCUGCUACGACGAGUGGAAUGUGUGGGACGAGGUCAAGGCGCCCGGUGAUGGAUCGAAUGGGCUCGAGCAGAUUUAUGACUUCACCGACAUGCUGGGCACGGUAGCAUGGCUCCACGUCCUACUUCGCAAGCACCGCGAGGUUGGCAUGGCAUGCAUUGCACAGUCGGUCAACGUGAUCUCGCCUCUUAUGACCUCCCGCGACGGGCUGCUUUUCCAGGCAACGUACUGGCCGCUUCGCCUAUUUGCCCGCCUCAUGAAGGGUGGUAAGCUGCUUGACCUUGGCUACCGCUCUGAGCUCUACCACGGCCCCACCUACCCGACAUGGACCCGGCACAUUGCCCCGCCGCCGUACGUGGACGUGAUUGCUAUGCUGGCUGGCGAGACGAGCGUUCGCCUGUCGAUCCUCAACAGGCAUCCUACCGCGGACUGGGAGUGCAAUCUAGUUCUUGAAGGAUUUCAAAUCAAGACUGCCGAGGUCCAUGAAAUGUACGAAGAUGACCUGCUUGCCAAGAAUACGUGGGAAGACAAAGAGAGGGUCAAGCCGGAGACGAGAACGGUGGACAAGCUGGACAAGCUGACUGUCAAGAGGCAUUCAUUUGUAUUUGUGGUGCUCGAAGGGCAUUGCGUCAAGUGAGCACGCAGCGACAGAUUGAAUACAUCAUCGUCUAAUGAGUCCCGGUGGUCGUAGAGCAACAAGAAAUGGAAUGAUCCAGACCGCAAUUCGCUCGCUGGGCUCCACAAAGGUAGGGUCACAGGGCAGUCGCAAGCAGGUGUUGCUCAGCAUACCGCUGGCGCACCAAUUGCAGCACGAGAAGCCGUCAAGGCUGCACUGAGGCCGCCGUUCAAUUACGGCGCGACAGUGCUACUGUAAUGGCCCGUGGCGUGACUCAGAUAGCGGUAUGAAGGGCUUUGAGACUUCUUGGCCUCGGUUCCUUUCUUCACCGCAACCACAAACG